AUGUCUGACUUACACCAAAAACACCCAGACGAUCUCGAAGAGAUUCUCGAUGAUCAAUUUAAAGAUGCGGAUGCUAAUUUUGCUCGUCCAAGUAUUAGAGUGUCCGAAGCUACAGAGGACAUGCCCACUCCAGGUCCGUCAUCAUUAGAGGUUAAUGAUGACGUCUCAGAGCAAAAGCAACCAGAGCCCACUCCAACUCGCAUCAAGACGCGGGAAUCAUGUAUUGGGGUGCCACCAAUACCGGACCCGCUGAAUCUGUCUGCGCUACAAAACUUCCAGCUCCAGCAAAUCCGAACAAAGCUGCGUGGAUUUAGUGAACUGCACAAGGAGCUGCUGGAACUGGCCACUCAAAUAACUAGGCUCACGUUAGAUGAACUCGAGGGCCACGAGAAAAUGCUGGAAGCUGACUGGAACGAGGUAGUGACCAUUCAAAAGGAAUUCGCGGUCAACCUGCUUCCCACUCAGGAGUACCUGGCCUAUGAGGGGUAUAAAAAGGCCACCACAUGGCGUCGGGAAUGCUCAAAGUUGAUUUAUCAACUGAAAGGGCAACUUAAAAAAGAGGAGGCGAACGCCUCCACCUCAACUAAGCAGGCCAAUCAACUGAAGCGAAUCUCCCUCAUCACGUUCGAUGGGAGUCACUCUAAAUGGAGCCAAUUUAGAGAUCUAUUCCAAUCACUGGUGGGCAAGGACGACUCAAUCCCACCAGUACAGAAGCUGGUUCGUCUCAAGGAGGCACUCAAGGGACCAGCCUCUCAAUUAUUGUCCACCUUCACAAUCACCGAGGAGAAUUAUGAGAAGGCAUGGGACAAAUUAGUGAGGAAAUAUGAGGAUCCUAGAUUAGCAGCACAAGCUCUAUUCAACAGGGUCCUCAGUCUUCCCAAAAUCACUAAGGCGAACGCAGAGAACCUCAAUUCGAACGCAGCAGCUACGCUGGAGACGUUUGAUCAGCUGAUCACCACAACCAAGCUUCCAAAAGACCAGAUUUUGGAACAGAUGCUGGUUCAUCUAUUGAGAAGAUCUCUGGACACAGAGACCCUAAGAGCAUGGGAACUCAAAGUAGGGGAUUCCAAGGAUUUCCCAUCACUCAAGGAGUUCACCAACUUCGUGGAGUCGUGCGCACGAGGCAUCAACGCAGGAGAACGACUCCAUUCCAAGUCGCAGACCCUACGACCACGACCAGCAUCUCCUCAAGGAACAAGAAGGGUUUUCACCGCGUCAACUCAAUCAGCUGAUCAUCGGGAAGCAACAAAGCCCAGUAACAACUGCACUUACUGCAAGGGGUCGCAUUUCAUCGCGAAUUGCGAAAAAUUCAUAGCCCUGUCACCAAUUAAGAGGAACGACUUCGUAUCAACCACCAGACUGUGCUUCAACUGUCUAGGGCCACACGUCUUCUCAAAGUGCAAGACUCAAAAGACGUGCUUCACCUGCAAACGCAGGCAUCACACUCUGAUCCACGGAGGCAGCCCACACACCUCGGGAGAGGUGCACCAGAACGAGCCAGUAGCUUCCACCUCAAAGGCAGAGAUUGCACCUCCAAAGAAGGAGUCGACAGAUUGGAACUCGAGAAGUACAUCACCAAAGACUACGCUCAACACGGCAACGAUCAGUAAGGCAGAAGAGACACGCAAUCAGAAGAUACUCAAUAAUCAGCGGAGUCACCUAUCAAAAGACGCUCACCAAUGUGUGUUGCUAGCCACAGCCCAAGCAAGAAUCCAAUCUCCAAGAGGCUUCACACUGAAUAUAAGAAUGCUCCUCGAUCAAGGAUCAGAGCUAUCCUUCAUCUCGGAGCAACUAGUAAAAUCUCUCUACCUCUCAAUAAGGUCAUCAUCAAUUGAGCUCAUCGGAAUCGCAGAGACGAACGCAGGACGCACGAGAGGAGUAGCUUCAAUUACACUCUACGCACUCGACGGGUCAGAACAAGUUGACCUUGAAGCUCACGUCCUCAAGAAACUCACCGUGAAGCUACCAUCCUUCUCCUGCAAAUCACCAAGGAUCGACCCACUCCAAGGUCUUCAACUAGCCGAUCCAGACUAUCUCAAACCUGGGCCAAUAGACAUCAUAUUAGGAGCUGAUACCUAUGGGCGGAUCCUCAAGCAGAGAGUAGUCAGCUCCAGUAAUACUCAAUUAGUUGGCCAACAAACCGUAUUCGGAUGGAUCCUAUCCGGACCAUUCGAAUGCAAAGGUUGUUCACCAAGGAUUUCAUUAUCGGCCGUAAAGGAAUCCUCCAAUGAACAACUCCUAGAGCUUCUUCAAAGAUUUUGGACCCAGGAAGAAUUACCCACAACGCAGAACUCAGAGCUAUCACCAGAUGAACUCCAGUGUGAGAAAAUAUUUAAGUCCACGCACUCAAGAGACAAGACCGGGCGCUAUACAGUUAGACUCCCUCUAAGGACAUCAGCAGAAGCACUCGGCAACUCAAAGCUCAAAGCCUCAAGGCAACUCCAGUCAGUUGCACGUCGUCUCAAGGCACACGAUAAUUAUGCCAAACUCUAUAGAGACUUCAUCGAUGAGUAUGAGGCAUUAGGACACAUGAGGAGAGCACCAAUAGAAGAAGAACCCUCCACAGCAUACUAUCUACCGCAUCACGGGGUUCUACGAGAAGACGCACUCACUACGAAAUUGAGAGUAGUCUUCAACGGCUCAAGCAAAACCUCAUCAGGAAUAUCCCUCAACGAUAUCCUCUAUCCUGGUGGGAAGCUCCAAGCAGAUACGAUGAACGUCCUGACAUGGCUGAGAAAGCACAAACUAGUCUUUGGAACAGACAUAGUCAAGAUGUUUCGACAGAUAAAAGUUCACAAGGACCAGUGGAAUCUCCAGAGAAUACUGUGGUACAAUUCGCAACAACAGCUCAUCACCUACGAGCUCACCACAGUUACGUACGGACUCAACUGUUCUCCAUGGCUAUCUCUAAGAGUGCUCCAGCAAUUAGCAGAGGACGAAGGCCAUCGAUAUCCUGCCGCAGUUGAGACACUCACCAAAGGCAGAUAUGUCGAUGACAUUUAUGGUGGAGCAGAAACCGCAGAAGAACUCAGAGAAAUCGCCUGGCAGCUGAGUGGUCUUUGCCAAGCAGGCGGGUUUCCACUCCAGAAGUGGAGCAGCAACUGUCCACAAGCCUUGGAGACAUUAGGAAUAUCAUCAACUCAAUCGAUAAUCCAAUUCCAAGAGCCUAUCACCAAAGUCCUUGGAUUGUAUUGGCAUCAAACCACUGAUACAUUCCAAUACAAAUCAAAGGAGUUUGAUUCAGCAGUGUUCACGAAGAGGACAACACUAUCAGAAAUAGCUCAACUCUUCGAUCCAUUGGGACUCAUCGCACCAGUAGUCACUCGAGGGAAAAUAAUCAUCCAGGAUCUAUGGAAGUUAAAACUCAACUGGGAUGAACCUCUACCAGAAGACUAUCAACGCCAAUGGAAAGACUUCAGGCUCAAUCUCAAUACGCUGAAUCAAAUCUCAGUACCGAGAUGGUUGAGAAUUUCAUCCAAGACGAAGAGAAUCCAAAUCCAUGGAUUCGCAGACGCCUCCACCGCAGCAAUGGGUGCAGUAGUGUACCUCAGGACAGAGAACUUCAAUGAGCCUACUUCAACAGUACUGGUCUGCGCAAAAACAAGAGUGGCUCCUAUCAAGCGUAUGACCAUUCCUCGUCUUGAACUCAACGCAGCUGUCCUGCUUACGAAGUUAGUGGUCAUCACCAAAGAGAUGCUCGACCUCAGGGAAGUAGAAACUCACCUAUGGACAGAUUCUAUGGUAACCCUGGCAUGGAUAAAAGGACACCCCUCAAGAUGGAAAGACUACGUCCAAAACCGAGUCAUCAAAAUCCAGGACUCACUCCCAGAUGCAAGCUGGAGACAUAUCAGCGGCAAGGAGAAUCCAGCCGACUGUGCCUCAAGAGGAAUAGCUCCUCAAGAACUAGCAGUACAUCCCCUAUGGUGGACCGGACCUGAAUGGAUUAAUCAGGAUCCCCAGGAAUGGCCUUCCUCAAUAGAAGACGUCCCAGCAGUAGCAGCAACCGAAGCAAGACCGUCACCGUCCUAUCCAGUGGCCAUGAAGAUCAAUGCCUUAGCCGAACUACUCAACAGGUACUCCAGAAUGGAAAAGGUACUCCAAGUAACAGCGACACUGAACAGAGCAAUCGAGCGAUUUAGAAGACAGCCAGUUCCCCAGACGCCCGUCCUCACCAUUAGAGAACUCACCGAGGCCAGGAUAUUCUGGGUAAAAAUAACUCAAGCUCAAUAUUUUGCUUCUGUUCAUAGGUUGCUCGUGAGAAACGCUCAAGUACCACGGAGUCAUCCUCUGGCAAAGUUAACGCCCACUCUAGACGAACUCGGAAUUAUCCGACUAGGAGGCCGUCUCAAAAACUCACAGCUGGAUCCCGAAGAGAUUCACCCAGCAAUCCUGCCUCGACAGUCUCGACUAACGACGUUAGUCCUCGAAGAAGCUCACCGAAAAACUCUGCACGGUGGGACACAACUCACCCUAGCUUUCACGCGACAGAAGUACUGGAUCAUCGGUGGCAGAGGCACUGUCAGAGCCCAUAUCCAGAAAUGUGCCAUCUGCAUCAGACACCGAGGACGCCAGACUCAACAGCGAAUGGCACCACUGCCGGCUGUUAGAACUUCACCAACACGAGCAUUCCUCCACACGGGAGUGGACUAUGCAGGUCCACUUCCCAUUCUCAAAUGGCGGCCUACAAACGCCCAACCAUCUAUGGUGCAUAUUGCAGUUUUUGUCUGUUUCAGCACAUCAGCUGUUCAUCUCGAGCUCGUGUCCAGGCAGACGACAGAUGCCUUCAUAGGGGCAUAUAAGAGAUUCACCGGAAGAAGAGGAAUCCCCGAAGUGAUGUACAGCGAUAACGCCACUACAUUUGUUGGCGCAGCAUCAAUACUCAAGACGCUGUACAAUCAACCCUCUAGAGAGAACCUCGAAAUUCAAGCUGCCCUCGCCACACAGGGGACUCAAUGGAGCUUCUCACCACCGAGAGCACCCCACUUUGGUGGAAAAUGGGAGGCAGCUGUGAAAUCCACCAAGUUCCACCUCAAGAGAGUCCUCGGAUCAUCAACAUUCACCUACGAGGAACUCAACAGCAUCCUCAUCCAAAUCGAGGCCUGCCUGAAUUCGAGGCCAAUCACUCCAAUGACGGAUGACGCAGAAGACCUCCAAGCACUCACCCCAGGACAUUUCCUGAUCGGUGAGCCACUCCAGAUCAUACCAGAACCAACCUUCCUCAACAGAGAGCCCAGAAAACUACAAAGAUGGAAUCUGGUUACUCAAAAAAUCCAGCAGUUCUGGUCCAGAUGGGCUAGAGAGUGUCUCCAACGAUAUCAAGCCAUCUAUAAGUGGAACCAGAGAGAGAGGAACAUCGAGGUUGGAGACAUGGUCCUGAUGAUCGACGAAGAUUAUCCUCCAGCAAAAUGGCCCCUCGCAAGAGUAAUAGAAAUUCACCCAGGAGCAGAUGGCCUAACCAGAGUUGCAACCAUCAGGACCUCAAAAGCAUCAGUUCCAACACAACAAAAUGGAACUCCCAUCUUAGAGAGGAUCACCAGCACCAGCUCAAUCUUCAAAAGACCCAUCGCCAAGCUCUGCCUCCUACCGACAGACCCACCUCCAGCAGAAGAACCUCCAGAGGAGGAGCCAGAGCAAGAAGAGGAUUAG